AUGGAGAAUAAAAGGAAUGUGACUGAAUUCAUUUUAACAGGUCUUACACAGAACCCCCAAAUGCAGAAAGUAGUGUUUCUGUUAUUUUUGCUUCUAUACCUGGUAACACUCUCAGGCAACUUGCUCAUUGUGGUUACCAUUACUACCAGCCAGGCUCUGAAUUCUCCCAUGUACUUCUUCCUGACCCACCUUUCCUGGAUAGACAUAAUCUAUUCUUCUUCUUCAGCUCCUAAGAUGAUCGUGGACUCCCUUCAUGAGAAGAAGGUAAUCUCUUUCAAUGGUUGUAUGGCUCAAGUGUAUGCAGAGCACAUUUUUGGUGCUACUGAGAUCAUUCUGCUGACAGUGAUGGCCUAUGACCGCUAUGUUGCCAUUUGCAAACCUCUGCACUAUACCACCAUCAUGAGCCACAGGCUGUGCGGUCUCCUGUUGGGAGUGUCCUGGGCUGGAGGAUUUCUCCAUUCGACCAUUCAGAUCCUCUUCACAGUAUGGCUGCCCUUCUGUGGCCCCAAUAUAAUUGAUCAUUUCAUGUGUGACUUGUACCCUUUGUUGAAACUCGUCUGCAUGGACACUCGCUCUCUUGGUCUCUUUGUUGCUGCCAACAGUGGGUUCAUCUGCUUAUUAAACUUCCUCCUUUUGAUGGUCUCCUAUGUGGUGAUCUUGCACUCCCUAAAGAACUAUAGCUUGCAGGGGAGGCACAAAGCCCUCUCCACCUGUGUCUCUCACAUCACUGUUGUCAUCUUACUUUUUGUGCCCUGCAUUUUUGUGUACCUGCGUCCAGUAAGCACACUGCCUGUUGAUAAAGCUGUUGCUGUCUUUUAUACAAUGGUGGGCCCUAUGUUAAAUCCCUUAAUCUAUACCCUCAGAAAUGCUGAGGUAAAAAAUGCUAUGAGGAAGCUCUGGAGGUCAAAACUGACUUCAGAAAAAGAUUAA